AUGGGUGAAACAUUAACAGAUGAAGAAAAAGCAACUAUUGCUCGACGUUUCAUUGCCCAUGCACCACCUGGUGAAUUUAAUGAAGUUUUUAAUGAUGUUCGAACAUUAUUGAAUGAUGAUGGAUUAGUCCGGCGUUCAGUUUCUAAAGCUUUUGCUGAAUAUAAUCGAGAUCAAUAUAUUCCAACUAAAGUUCAAGGUGCAGAAGAGGAAUGUCUUAUAACUGAUGCAAAUGAUUUAGGUGAUGGUCGAUUCUAUGAUCCUCGUACACGACAAAAUUUUAAAUUUGAUCAUUUACGUCGUGAAGCAUCUGAACAUCAACCACAUUCACCUGAUGAACAUUCUGAACCAUGGCGUUUAGCAUUUGAAAAAGAGCUUACAGAUUAUAUUAAAGAACGUUAUCCAUAUGGUGCUUGUACAGUUAUAGGUGGAAGUGAUGUGGAUACAAUUACAUUAGCGGCUUUUAUUGAAAGUCAUAAAUUUGAACCGAAAAAUUUUUGGAAUGGACGAUGGCGUUCGAAAUGGUCAUUAGCUUUCAUCAAAGGACAAACCGAAUGUGAAUUAACUGGCUUGGUUAAAGCUCAAGUGCAUUAUUUUGAAGAUGGCAAUGUACAACUAGUCAGUAGUAAAGAUAUAACAGAAACAAUACAAAUUCAAGACGAAACAACGACUGCAAAAGAAAUCAUUCGAAUUAUUCGUCAAGCUGAAGAUAAUUAUCAACAAGCUGUUAAUGAAAAUUAUCAAGUUAUGUCCGAUUCAACAUUUAAAGCCUUACGUCGUCAAUUACCAAUAACAAAAGCUAAAAUUGAUUGGACAAAAAUUACAGCUUAUAAAAUUGGUUCUGAACUUAAAAAUGCUUAA